AUGAUAAUACCUAAACACAAGGAAUUCCGCUUCCUCUUUCCCCUCGUGCCGAUCACUUGUUAUUACUCGGGUAUGGCGACCGUCUCAUUUAAGACCAGAUGGUUGGACAUUGACCGUCAAGCGAGCUUAUAUCAAAAGGUUGUUCGACAGACUGGUCGUCUAGUCCUAUCUUCUCUCCUUCUCGUCCAACUUGUAUUAGCCUUAUAUACUUCCUUGUGGCAUCAGCGCGGAGGCCUUGAUGCUGUCCUGGCUUUGGGAAGACGUGCUCGUAGCAUGGCUAAGUUUGACAAUGAACCACCAUCAAUACACAGUUCUCCAGUUCUGACGUAUGUCCAGGCUCAACUCAGGGAAAUGAGUGUCCUCUUCCUCAUGCCCUGUCAUAGCACUCCAUUCUACAGCCAUAUCCAUGCAAAUAUCACGCUACGCCAACUGGACUGCUCUCCAAAAUCCGCCAUCUUGACCGCCACAGAACCUGUCAAACCGAACUCCUGGAGAGCAUCUGAUCUCGAUGAAGCCGACGCGUUCUUUGCGGAUCCAGUCGCUUGGCUGCGUGCCGAAUUUCCACUAGCCACUGGUCAGGUGGAUUCCAUUCAUUCAAUAAAACUGCCAACUCAUCUGGUGUUGUUCAGUCACCUCGUGGAGAAGCACACCGACGCAACAGAGCUAAAACGUCUGUUUUCCGACUGGGGCUAUCACAGAUGCGGCGACCUAUUUCAUACGCACUUCCCCACGCAUUCUCGACAUGGAACCCGUGUGUAUAUUUUUUGUGCUCAUGGUUGGGAUCUAUAA